GCCCUCACUCACUCUUUCCCACCUGCCUCGCCUUGUAGCUCCUUCCUCGUCAGGCCCACUGACCUUGCGCCCCUUCUCAUCGCGUCUCUUCCCCAGACGCCUGCCUCUGAUUUGCUCCUGCUUCAUCCUCCUGAUUCAUCUCCGCUUUCCUUCCCCCUGGAACCAGCUUCACUCUCGCGACGCGAUAUCGCAGCAACGAGGGACAAGCGACACGAGCGAGCGACAAGCUUCGUUCAAUAAAGACCAGUGGCAACGCAGGCACCUGCAUAUCUUUUCCAACCCUCCCCCGCAUCCAUUCCUUGUCCUCCUCAUCAUCUAGCAGCAAUGUCUAGGGUCAACGUCGAUCGAAAAGAUCUUGGCGUCAACGAGCUGCCUACCGUAGCUAGCCCGAUGGAGCGCACGCCGUCAUAUCGCGGCGGCGCCGGCUCGACUUCGUCCGCUGAGAAGCCCACUCAGGAGGACGUCGAGCAUGGACUUCAUCACCCUGAGGGCGAGCUCGAGCAGCAUCAGGCCCAGCGCGCUCAAGGCAUCGACAACAGCAAGUCGUCCAACCCCCUCUACGAGAAGCUGGGUCCACUGAUCCAUUCCCGCUUCGCCGUCUACUUCCGAGACUUGGUCCUCGUCCUCUUCUUGAUCGCUUGGUUUGUCGUUACCCUCAUCAACGACGACCCCAAGGUGGCUCAUCGCCGCAUUCCGAUCGGCAUCAUCUCGAUGUGCGCUGUCCUCCUCAUCCUCUUCCACAACUCGCGCUACCUGCCGCAGCGACCCAUCGUCCGUGUUAUCUCCACCGUAUGGGGCACCGGCGUCAACAAGCCGUGGUCGAUGCUUCCUUCGCGCGGAAAGCUCGCCGUUGGUUGGCUUGCUCUCCUGGCUCUCAUCUUUGGUACCACGUACGGCCUGCCAGAGAACGAGGCUUCCAACCGCGGCAACCGUACCAUCUCCCUCGUUGGCUUUGGCCUCAUCUACGGCGGCCUCUUUGCCUUCAGCAAGAACCACAAGGCCGUCAAGGCAAGGACAACGAUUCUGGGCAUUGGCUUCCAAUUCAUUAUAGCCCUUCUCGUCUUCCGCACCGACGCAUUUUUCAGCCUCUUCAGGUGGCUCGCCAUUGCCGCUGCUGACCUCCUCGUCCAAGCUCAGGCCCCUGAGGGCAACUACAGCAUUGGCGGCGGUGCGGAGUUCUUCUGGAGCACUACUUUCGUCAACGAGAACCACUUCUUCUUCGUCAACGUCCUUUCGUCGAUCAUCUUCUUCGUCGCCCUCUGCAUUGCUCUCUUCUACACGGGCGCCCUGCAGUACUGCAUCAAGAAGGCGGCUUGGGUCUUCUUUUACUCCUUUGGCAUCUCCGGUGGCGAGGCUGUCGUCGCGGUUGCAUCACCCUUCAUCGGUCAAGGCGAGAACUGCGUACUCGUGCGACCCUUCGUCCCCACCUUUACCAAGUCCGAAUUCCACCAGGUUCUCACGAGUGGGUUCGCCACCAUUGCCGGAUCCGUCUUUUCGGCCUACGUCUUGCUGGGUGUCAACGGCAAAGACCUGAUCACCUCGAGUGUCAUGUCGAUCCCGGCAAGUAUCGCCGCCUCCAAGAUUGUCUACCCCGAGACCGAGGACAGCGACACGGCCGGCCGUGUUGUCAUCAACCGCGAGGAGUCAGAGGAGGACCGCGCCGAGAGCUUCUUCGAGGCGCUGUCUAACGGAGCUUCCUUUGGUCUCAAGAUUGCCCUCCUCAUCUUCUGCAAUGUCCUCGUCCUCGUUUCUCUUGUCACGACGAUCAACGGCAUCCUUGCCUACAUCGGCAACUCGCUCUACAUCACGGACUCCAACGGGCCCCUGACUCUGCAGCUCAUCUUUGGCUACGUCCUCUGGCCUCUGACCUUCAUGCUCGGCGUACCCCGUGGAGAUGUACUUCAGGUAUCAAAGCUCAUCGCCAUCAAGAUCAUCGCUAAUGAGUUUGUCGGCUACAACACGCUGCAGAACACCGUCAUGAAGGGCCCGAACCCUCUGAGCCCGCGAGGCUACCUGAUCACCACGUACGCCCUCUGUGGUUUCGCCAACAUUGCCUCGAUGUCCAUCAACAUUGGUGUGCUCAGCGCUAUGGCUCCCAAGCGCAAGUCGGACAUUGUGCGACUGACGCCGUCGGCCCUCGUCACCGGUGCUCUGGUCACUUUGUCGAGCGCGGCCGUGGCUGGUAUUGUGGCCGACCCGGGUCUCUUGCAGUAAGCAUAGCGAGUGGGUUGGGCGCAUGGAAAAUCUUCACGUAUCGCGUCACAUCGCAUCGCAUCGACUGCUCAACCUGCUUUUGCUUUCCACCUCUCAUUCGGUUUCUUUGCAAUGUCACGAGUCUUGUAUCCGUACCCGCGAGAACAGCGUGGAGACGAUGCGGUGCGUGUGUUGAGCAGGGCCAAGGUGUGUUUGA